GAUGGAAAUUAAUAAUUCAGGUAACUGGAGGGAAUAACACCAAAACUAGGAUUGGGAACUUGUAGCCGACAAUCAAGGAACUUGGACGUACACGCAUGGAAGUAAAUGUCAACGUUCGUAGCUUUUAGAUGAAUACCAAAGUUAGUGUCUGGAUCUUUUCCCUCUUUGUUGUUGUUUUUUUGUUGUGUUGGUUUUCUGGUCAAAAGUGUCUUUGUAGCUUAAAAAUGUAUGCGCAUGGAGUUGUAAUUAAAACUCUAGUGCAAUCCAUCUAUCGUCUGUUUGGUUUGUAAGUGAGUUUUCACACUAAUUUUCCUAGUUUCAAAUUGAUGUCAACAAUAGGAGAGAAAAAAUCUUGGACAAGACCGCCUAUCCAAAUGGAAAUUUUAGGUUACUUAAAUAAUCAUACGAUAACACACUAAACCUCACUCAAAUACCAUUUUGUUAGCUGUCUCUAACAUCUUCUCUAGUUUUUCAGGUUCAUACAUGUUCACAGCUUCUGGUUUAACGUGGACACCAAAUCCAAAGACACAUUAAAAACAAACUCCUUUUCCUCCUUAAAUCUUAUCCUGACAUUUACAAACUAAAUCCUAAAAAUAAAGCAUAUCUUUAUAUUUAUUUAAUUAAAUAUCAAAAAACGAUAAAAUUAAAUCCCUGAGAAGUGAAAACCCAUAAACCAAUAAUUUAUUUCUUUAAAUUAUUUAACUUCUAAGUAAAAUAAACAAAGUUAAAUACUGCAACUCAUCUCUCUUUCUCACUACUAUAUAAGAACUCAUGCUAGCUUGGCUCACACGCUUUCGCUUAAAACUCAAAAAAACCUUCACUUUCUCGCGCGUCUCUAUAUUCUAAAAAAAAAAAAAAACAGAAUCUCUCCAAGAAAGUUUCUUCCUUUGCUUUCUCUAGUCUUCCAUGGAUUCUAAAGAAACCAACGAACAUCAGCAGCUACAACCACCGCAUGGGACGGUAACGGGUUCCUACAACCGCAACGCCGCCGCGUUAACCGGUCCCUCCUCCACUUCUCAGGCCAUGCAACACCGUUUAUCUGUCGGGGCUCUCUCGCUGCGCCAGCCUCAACAACCGCUCGGGAUCGAGGGAUCGCCUUCCUCCGUCUCGACGCAAUUCAGGAACGAGCAGCGAGGACGAGCAAGAGGAAGGGUCAGAGGACGACCGAGGAAGUACGCUGAUGUCAUUGAUGAUGAUGGUGGUGGAGGUGCAAGUGCUAAACGGGGCAGGGGCAGAUCAGGUCGCUCUUAUGGCUUCCUUAAUUAGAAGCUUUAUUUAGGAGGAGCAGAAACACUGUUGACACCUCAUUUAAUUAACGUCAAAGCUGGAGAGGACAUAGCUGCGAAGAUAGUGGCCUUUACGAAUCAAGGACCACUCGAGUCUAGUAUUCUCUCAGCUUCGGGAGCUGUUUCUAGUGCGGUGCUUCGUCACUCUAACAAUCCUAACAAUCCUAGUGGAGUUGUUAAGUAUGAGGUAGUAACAGUUUCAUGUCCUUGUGUGCGGUACUUUUGCUGGAAUGUUUUUAUCUGAUUAAGGGUCUUCUGAUCUGUAUAUGCAGGGCGUAUAUGAUAUCAUUGCUAUGUCAGGUUCUUUCUUGAAUACUGAGAGUAAUGGUACUGUGACCAGAACUAGUGACAUGAACGUGCAUAUUGCUGGUCCUGAUGGUCGGAUUCUGGCGGGUUUUGUUGCUGGAAUGCUAGUUGCUCGGUCACAAGUCCAGGUCGUAGUUGGAAGCUUUGUAUCAGAGAAAGUGAAAGUGAGCGCAACGCGUGUUGAGAAUAACCCCGAGCCAGCUUCAGCUUCAGGUUCAUCAUCGGCCAGUGGUGGUGGACCAGGAAGCCCUCAGUCUCAGGGACCGCCAAGCGAGUCAUCUGAGGAAAAUGAUUGUAUCAACAACAAGAAUUAUAAAGUUGGAAAGUCUACGCCCCGACCACUUCAGCUCUUGCCUGGGAAUAAUCCUAAGUAAUCAAAUGGUUCAUGGGAC